GAAGAGAGAGAGAAGAGACGAAGGCAAGCAGGCAAGCGAGAGAGGCAAGCCAAGCAAUCCUCGAGACAAGGAAACUCACACAUAUAUUAACAGACACAUACAUAGAUAGACAGAGUGAGUGAGAGUGUGAGUGAGUGAAUGAGAGAGAGUGAGUGUAGCGUGAGAGAGAGUGAGAGCCAAGGUGCAAGAGGGAACCGUGUUAAUUGGGUGAAAGAUAAGGAAAGAAACCCAGUUCCCUGCUCUCCUUUGAAAAUAAGGGACCAGGGGCCUUCUUACAAAUGGAACUUCCGAAUAUGGGGGACAGAGUGUUUGCAGCAGAAUGUAUCCAGAAACGACGUAUUCGUAAGGGUAAAGUGGAAUAUUACGUUAAAUGGAAAGGAUGGUCACCUAAAUAUAACACCUGGGAACCAGAAGAAAAUAUAUUGGAUUUGCGAUUAAUAGAAGCAUUUAAAAGCAGUCAGACUGACAAAGAUGUCCUCCCACACAAAAAAGGCCCAAGACCCAAGCGAGUAAAACUACAAGAUUCAGCAACAGAUGACACUGGAGAUGGCUCGGACCUGGAGCUGGAAAGUCCUCCUUGCCGACGGAAGUCAGUCAGUCACAUCGACCAGGGCCUGUGUGGCUCGACCACGACCACCACCACAAACAGCAGCAACAACAACAACAACAACACGACUUCCUCGACCGGUUCGGCCUCGUCCUCAUCGACCAGUGCAUGCAACGAGGGUGCGGCGUCGGGCAAAUACCGGCCCCGCGACACCUACAGAGGCCUGCCGGCUGUGCCCCCUCCUCCGCCUCCCCCUCCGCCUCCUCCGGACGUCGGCCGCAAGGACCGGGACCGAGAGAGGGAGAGAGAGCGGGAGAGGGAGAGAGACAGGGAGCGGCCAUCGUCCCACAAGGGACUCGACGACAAAAUGACUGCAGGCAGCAGCAACAACAACAACAGCAGCAGUAAUAGUAGUAAUAGCAACAACACAUCUGGUGGCGGAGGGGGGGCGUGUGGCGGGGCACAUCGCAGCAGCAGUAAGACCAGUGAGAGAUCAAGUGGCGGGUUAAUGGACGCGAACCCAAGUGGGUCACACAGCUCCUCACUUCAGGUGCACCACCUUCCUGUGAAGAGGGGCCCAGGUAGACCCCCAAAGAACCGAACCACAUUGGGUGUCACCUCCUCUUCCACCUCCACCUCAUCCUCUUCCUUGUCAAAUGCCUCCGCGAAGUCUCUGUCCUCGACUUCCUCCUCCAACCGGCCCUCAUCAGUCAUAAAAUCCACGGGGAACGUAACGCACCACACGAUGCGCAAGCAGGACAAGGGCUCCGGUGUUGGCGUGGGGUCGUCGUCAGGGGUGUCGACGGGAUCCGCGUCGUCGACGACCGCUGCCAGCCCCACCUCCGCGUCCGCGGCCAUGACGACAGCAUCAGCGGUGAACGGGCAGAGCAUAAGGAGCACCACCGCCAUCACCACCACCACCACCACCACCACAAGUGUAGCAAAGAUGGCGGCGGUGGUGGAGGGGGCAGUGGAGGUGGUGCUACCGGCGGUGGCGGCAGCAACGCCCCAGGUGGCGGUGUGGGUGUCGGUGGGGGCAUGUGCACUGGCGUGGGCGGCGGUGGCGGUGUUGGCAGCGGGGAGUCUCGGGCCGUUCUCGGUCAGCUGCAGGACGGCCACGAGGACACGAUGUCCUCAUCCGGUCGGCACGGAUCCGAGAAGUCCGGCAAGCGGAUCUCGUUUGUGUCGCGGGACCGAGAGAGGGACCGCGAUCGGGACAGAGAGAGGGAGAGGGACGGCAGCUACGAUGGGCUGGAGUACGGCACAGACACCGAAAACAAGAGCGGCCCUGGCAGCGGCGGCGGAGCCGGCGGGGUCGGGGGCGCAACGAUGGGCGGUGUGGGUGGAGGAGGGACAGGCCCCGAGCGGAGGACCUACUGGUGCCCACCGCCCAAUGUCAAACCCUUACUUGACCAAGUGUUCAUCACCGACGUCACGUCCAACAAGGUCACCGUUACUGUCCGGGAGUGCACAACCGGGAAGGGGUUCUUCCGGAACAGGGAGGACGGACAGUCCGGGUGAUGGUGAUGGUGAUAAUGAUGGUAGUGAUGGUGAUGAGAUAGUGAUGGUGUCAACGAUGGUGGUGGUGGCGAUGAUAGUGUAGCUAAUGGUUUUGAUGGUGGUGUUGGAGGUAACAACAAAUAGGACCAUGAUGAUGAUGAUGAUGAUUGUUAUAGGGGAUGAUUUUGAUGGUGGUGGUGGUGGAUGAUGAUUAUGAUGUGAAGACCCUAGUAAUGGUGGUGGUUGUGUUGGCCAAGGUCGAUGGCUGUGCAAAAGUGUAGGGAAUCGAUUAUUGGUGGGGGUGGGGUCAGGGUUAGAAGGUUGGGUUGGAAGGGGAGGUUUCUGAGCUCAGCACAUGGAGGUGGCAGUGGCGAUGACGGCGGGGCAUAUAUUUUAUCUCCUCCCGGGCACUCCCCUCCUCCACCUAUCUUUGUUACCCCUGUCCUUCGGGAGUGGGGUAAGAUUCGGGGCCCUAACCCUUCCCCCGUUACGCUCUCAGUUCACUUGUUUCCCAUCCCAUUCCAGCACCCUUGUAUCAAACUAAAAUCUUACCCUCACCCUUCACAAAUAUUUGUACUGAUAAAUCAGUAAAGCCUCCGAGAAAAUACCUUGUGGUGUUUAGUUCAUGUCAUCCCUCUUUGUGUGUUUGUCUUUUGUAUUUUAACCCAGAUCCACCAACAUCACUUGACCCUUUAUUCCUAUCCAUCUGUAGAUUCGACUGACUGAUGAAUUAAAAACGAAG